AUGGAACCACCGCCUCCUUCUCUCUCCUCCACCGCGGUGGCUUCCACCGUCGUCCCCGCAGCCACCGCUCCAGUUCCCCCUCCUCCUCACGUGACGUCAUCUUAUCCCGAGUCUCUAGACUCAUCUCCCAGGUCUCGCACCACCGAUGGCUGGGACGAUGCUCCUGCUCCUUCCGGCGGCGGAACCGCCGUCUCUUCUAAACUCCGUCUUAUGUGCAGCUACGGCGGCCAUAUCCUUCCUCGUCCUCACGAUAAAUCACUCUGUUACAUGGGCGGCGACACUCGCAUCGUUGUUGUCGACCGUAACUCCUCUCUCUCUUCUCUCGUCGCUCGUCUCUCCAACACCCUCCUCAACGGCCGCUCCUUCACGCUCAAGUACCAAUUACCCAGCGAAGACCUCGAUUCUCUCAUCUCCGUCACCACCGACGAGGAUCUCGACAACAUGAUCGAGGAGUAUGAUCGUACGAUCUCGGCCUCCAAUUCCACCAAACCCUCGCGACUCCGUUUGUUUCUCUUCACGUCGAAGCCGGAGGCAACUCAGUCGAUGGGUCAGAUCCUCGAGAGCUCGGCCAAGAGCGACGAUUGGUUCCUUAACGCUCUCAACAGCGCUGGCCUUCUCAGUCGUGGAUUCUCAGAUUCUGACACCAACGUCAAUCGUUUACUUGGCUUGGACGACGCUCUUGCUCUCCGCUCUGAUUCCGGAGAAAACGGCAACAAUCUCGAUUCCAGUGUCAGAGAUGACGAUGGUUCCGUUAAAAGCGCCAAGCAGCAACAAAUCCAGCAGCCUCCUUCGCAGCAGCAGCAAGGAGGCCAAGAUGUGCAUAAUUUGCCGGAUUCUCCGAUGCUGGACACAUCCUCGUCCUUUGGGUCAACUUCUUCUUCCCCCUCGCUCGCGAAUCUGCCGCCGAUUCGCGUCCAUGUAGAGGAAUCCGGCGGAGUCAGGGCGAUGCAGGACCAGAGGCUGGGAAUCGAAGAACAGUUCGCACGAAUCAACGCCGGGAACAAGCAGCUCCAGCAUCAGCAGGAGGACGGAUUCGCAGCGAUCUCGUCACCACCGCCGCCGAUGCCCGUCACAAUCGCCCUUCCUGCUGCUCCGGUGAGUGCAGCAACCGUCUCAAGCGAGUUCCAGACGAAGGUCAUCUCUGACGACGAGAGAUCCGAUCAGGGCAUGCCCGCUGGAUACAGAAAACCUCCGACUCCACGUUCGCAGCCGCAGAAUCAGAAUCCGCCGCCUCAUCUACUGAAAUCAAACAGCGGUGGACACGAGCUUCCCUCACCCAAUUCCGUUUCCAGUGAUAGCAGCAUGAACAACCCUGUGUUUCACCAAAGACCUUCCCUCUACCAAGAACCAAUUCCUCAGAUGCCCUCUGGCUCCACCGUAGCUCCCGGAAUGAUCAACCACUCGGAUCCAAACACACCCUUAUCUCAAAACCAGAAUCAAGACCCAAGCUACAUCCUUCACCCCCAAUUCGAGCAACAAUCUCAGCAACAGCAACAACAACAGUUCAUACACGCUCCUGCACCACAAUACAUUCAUCACCAUCCCUCCACUGGCCUUCCUAUUCAAACAUACAUCCAGGUCUACCCUUCGCAGCAGCCACAGUCCUUCCACCGCCACCCAGGCCAAAUGGACCAGCAGCCUUAUCCUAUCUAUUACGUCACUGCUCCAGUCCCACCAAGGCCUUACAGUAUGCCUGUGCCACAAUCUGGAAGCGUUAGCGAGGCUCCAGGGUCUGUCCCUUCCACCAUGAUGGCUCCACCUCCUAACAACCACAUGAGAAGUGCUCCUGCUGCAAAACCUGACCCUGGGGUUUACACGACAGCGCCAGGUAUGCCCGGUGGUGCGCAGAUGGUUCACCAGAUCCCCACAAGCCAGCAGCAGUUCAUGGGUUAUUCCCAGAUCCAUCACCCACCUCAGUCUGGUUCUGCUGGGAUCCCAAACUAUGGAUAUGAGUACACCGACAAUGGUCAUAAACAGAUAUACUACACGCAGCAGCCUCUGGGACACGCACAGUACCAGACGAUGACUGGGCCCCCACCUGCCAUGGUGAUGCCUGAUGGCUCUGCUCCUGCUAAGCUUCCAGCUGAGAACUUGACUCAACAGAUCCGGAGUUCACAGCCAUUGUGA